GUCGAGUCCGAUAUCGUCUCGCUUGACGGACGGCAGCCGCUGGAGACGGAAGCUGAGAUUAAAGAAGAUGGAAAGCUACAUAUCACUGUUCGAAAAUCCAAUGCGUCGAGAUCAGAUAUCUUCUCCAGAAGGUCUCAAGGGUUAUCAACAACUCCGCGUCCCUCAAACUUAACCAAUGCGGAGAUUUACUCUCUGCAAUCGUCGAGGAACCCGACGCCGAGAGGUUCCAGCUUCAACCACACUGAUUUUUACUCGAUGAUGGCUGGUGGGCGCAACUCUAACUUCGGCGCCAACGAUGUUUAUGGACUAUCGGCGUCGCGAGGGCCGACGCCGAGGCCGUCUAAUUACGAGGAAGAUGGUGCAGCCGGUGGCAAGCCGAGGUUUCAUUACCACGGGUCCGGUGGUGCGGCUCAUUAUCCGGCGCCGAACCCGGGGAUGUUCUCGCCAACUGGGUCUAAAGGUGUUGGAGCUAACGCUAGUGCGAAGAAGCCUAAUGGACAGGCGCAGCAGAAGCAAGAAGAUGGAGGUAGGGAUCUUCACAUGUUUGUUUGGAGCUCUAGUGCUUCUCCAGUAUCCGAUGUGUUUGGCGGCCAUGAAUAUGCUGGAAACGACCAUAAGGAGGUUAGAUUAGCUGUGUCUCCUGGCAAAGUAGAAGGUCAUAGGGAGAAUCAUGAUCAAGAAUACAAUAUGGAGAGGGAUGACUUCAGCUUUGGGAACAGAGAGAGGGAAACGAACAACCAUGAAGGAGACAAAGUUGGGGAUGGGAAGCCUAAAGCCAUGCCACCAACAAGUGUAAUGACAAGGCUUAUACUCAUCAUGGUUUGGAGAAAACUUAUCAGAAAUCCAAACACUUACUCAAGCUUAAUAGGCCUGACUUGGUCAUUAGUUUCAUUCAGGUGGCAUGUUCAAAUGCCUGCCAUUAUAGCACAGUCCAUUUCCAUACUGUCAGAUGCAGGUCUUGGCAUGGCCAUGUUCAGUCUUGGUCAGUUGAUACAAUCAUUUUUCCCCCUUCCUUCUUACUCAUAAAGCUUAGAAAUGCUCUAUUACAAAAUACCCUUUUUCUUUUCUUUUCUUUUCUUUUCUUUUUUCUCUUUAUCACUAAUUAUAAAUGAUAAAUUCCCAGCUCGCUGAAUCUCUUCUCUCACCUUUUCAUUAUUAAAAAAUGCCUGUUAACAGACAAAAGCUAAGUAAAGAAGCUAAGCAAAGU